AUGGAGGACCCAAUUCCUCUCCGCGAUCGGCACGGCGACACCAAAGCCGCGAGUACCAGUCAUACCCAGGUCCAGGAUGACCAGGGGCUCGGGCGUGUGGGCAAGAAGCAGAUUCUCAAGCGUCGCUUCGGGUUUCUGUCCAUCCUAGGAUUUUCCUGUACUAUUUUGGCCUCGUGGGAAGGUAUCUUGUCGACGUUUGUGAUCUCGUUUGAAGAUCGAUCGGACAGUGGAGGCCCGGCCGGAACCGUGUAUAGCUUUUUGGUUGUCUGGUUGGGCACUUUCUCGACCUUCCUCACGCUGUCGGAGUUGGUCUCCAUGGCUCCAACCUCCGGGGGUCAGUACCACUGGGUUUCGAUGAUGGCUCCGCCGUCAUGUCAGAAGUACCUUAGCUUUCUCACAGGGUGGUUGAUCGUCAUCGGCUGGCUGGGAGCAUUCACAUCGACUUGCUACCUGAGCGCCUCCCAGAUUCAGGGGCUGGUGGUCCUGAACCACAGCACGUAUGUCCCGACAGCGUGGCAGACGGUACUGCUCUUCUGGGCCAUUCUGGCGUUUGCAGUGUUCGUGAACGCAGUUGCCAGCACCUGGCUUCCCAAGUUUGAGGGGUUCGUGCUGAUCCUGCACAUCGUGGGCUUCUUCGCCAUCAUCAUCCCACUUCUCUAUCUGGGCAGUCACAACGAUGCGUCCGAGGUGUUCGGACAGUUUCGAAACGACGGGGGCUUUCAGAGCGAAGGACUGGCGUUCAUGGUGGGAAUGACGGGGGCUAUGUUCUCCUUCACGGGGGCUGAUGCUGCUGUUCAUAUGAGUGAAGAGAUCCACAAUGCGGAGCGAGUCGUGCCGCAGUCCAUCCUCACCUCCGUUGUGAUCAACGGCCUGCUGGGCUUCGGCAUGGUCCUUAGCACCUUGUUCACCAUGACCGACGUUACCACCGCACUGGAAUCGCCCACCGGAUACCCGUAUAUGCAGGUGUUCUGCUCCGCCACGAGUUCCGUUGGCGGCUGUACGGUGAUGAGCGCCAUCGUGCCGGUUCUGGUCACAGCCACCGCUGUCGGCUCGCUGGCCUCGUCCUCGCGCAUGGUCUGGUCCUUCGCUCGGGAUCGCGGUCUUCCAGGCUGGCGUAUCCUUAGUCGAGUGAACGCCCAAGCCGUCCCGCAAUGGUCCAUCCUCGUCGUCACCGUCGCCGCCGUGCUGCUCGCCCUCAUCAUUCUGGGGUCUGCCGCCGUCCUCAACGACGUCGUGUCUCUCUGCGUCAGCGCCCUGUACACCUCCUACCUCAUCUCCGCCACGCUACUGAUCUGGAAGCGGUGCACGAGCGGCAUCCGCGACCCCGCCGUCACGGCCGUGGACUCCAUGCUGGUCAACACCGCGGGGGCCCCGCUCGCGUGGGGUCCGUUCCACAUCCCCGGCGUGCUGGGCAUCCUGGUGAAUGCUUUCACGAUCGCGUAUCUGACUGUGGGCGUGUUCUUCAGUUUCUGGCCGACAGUGGCCAACCCCACGGCAAGUACGAUGAAUUGGGCGGUCGUGGGGACGGCGGGGACGAGUCUGCUCAGCACGGGGUAUUAUGUGCUCUGGGGUGGGAAGGAGUAUACGGGGCCGGUGGUGGAGAUUGACCGGGAUUGA